GGCCGAUAAGGGCUGUCGAUCACAAUGUCAUCGGUUUGAUUGGCUUAGAGCUAAAGCAGUUGGACGAGAACCUUGUUGUUUCAUUAGCGUGUUCAUCUUUAUUUAUUUUGCGACUCCACUGCUAAUUUCGAGGUAGGACGACAAGAUGAUCGAGGUGGUUUGCAACGAUCGUCUGGGGAAGAAAGUCCGGGUAAAGUGCAACUCCGAGGACACCAUCGGAGACCUGAAGAAGCUCAUUGCGGCCCAGACGGGGACGCGGUAUGAUAAAAUCAUCUUGAAGAAAUGGUACACCAUAUUCAAGGACCACGUGUCACUGGGAGACUACGAGAUCCACGAUGGCAUGAACCUGGAGUUGUACUACCAGUGAAAGAAAGGAAGGCUCAAUCUCUUAGGAGAUGAUGACGACAGUAGAAUUUUUUUCUUUUGACAAACAAAUUGAUCUUGUGAGCAACUUUUUUUUUUAAAUAUAUUUUGAAAAAUAAAGUGGAUAUCUAAUGUGAA